AUGGCGGACAAGCUCAACCGCAUACUCAAGGAGCGCGUUGCUCACGACGCUGCUACCAAAGACAAGCUGCUCGGUGCGGCCUACGUAGUGAUAAACAAAGAUGGUCUCAUCUACCAAGGCAGCGCGGGCCGGAUUCGGCAGCCGGUCGAGUCGCCGGCCUUUGCAACCGACUCGGUCACCUGGAUGGCCUCCAUGACCAAGCUCGUGACGGCCACGUGCGUGAUGCAGCUCGUUGAUCGCGGCCUGAUCAAGCUCGACGACGACGUGCGGCCGCUCAUGCCGCGGCUGGCCAAAAUGCAGAUCCUCGAGGGCUUCACUUCAGAGGGAGAAGACGGCAAGCCCAUUCUAAGGGACAACCCGCACCCCAUCACACUCCGCCACCUUCUCACGCACACGACGGGCUUGCCCUACGACAUCAUUAUCCCGGACAUCAUGCGCUGGUCGCAGCACGUCGGGCGCACCGUUAACAACCUCUCAUGGACCCUCGACGGCUUCGACACGCCGCUUCUGUUCCCCCCCGGGGAGGGCUGGUGCUACGGCACCUCGAUCGACUGGGCCGGGCAGGUCCUCGAGUCUCUCACGGGCCUCACGCUGCACGAGUACGCGCGGCGCAACGUCCUCGACCCGCUCGGCAUGGCCCGCACCGGCUUCCUGCUCGACGAGCUGCUGCAGCCCAACUCCACGGAGAAACUUGAAGGUUAUGUGCCUGGCUCCUUGCGCAACCCCGAAACGGGCGAGCUGGCCGACACAAACCCCCCCGGCCCUUCCCCGCCGCCCGUAGCCAGCGGAGGCGCGGGCCUGUACGGCUGCGCAGCAGACUACGCCAAGCUGCUGCAGGCGCUGCUCAAGAUACUUGCGGGCAGCAGCGAGGAAGUUGAAGGAGGAGGGCUGGUGAGCAAGGCCGCCAUGGACGAGAUGGUCCGCCCGCAGCUCAAGACGGACAAGCAACGCGCCGAUCUCAAGCAGAGCAUCAGCAUGCUCCUGCUGACGCCUGAGCUGCCGGCCGACACGCCGAUGGAUUUUGGCCUGAUUGGAGCUAUGAAUACGCAGGAUGUGCCCGGGCAGAGGCGCAAGGGGAGUUUGACGUGGAGCGGGAUUUGUAAUUCCCGUUGGUGGAUGGAUCCUCAGACGGGUAUCGCAGGAGCCAUGUUUGUCAAUGUGUCCCCGUUUGGAGACAAGGCGGCGUAUGAGCUGUUCCGCGAGCUGGAGCAAGCGGUGUACGCGGAGCUGGUUCCCAGGAAGGAGUGA